AUGCCUGUAAUGACAGUUGGCUACCACAAGCACAGGUUGACAGUUCACGUGCACUCGUUUGUUGAUGCGUGUUUCAACUACAUACAUGGAAGCGUGCCUGGUACUCAACUAACACAGCAUGGUACCCAGGUAAGGUUCGGUUCGCUUUUGAUGUGGGAUCAACGUGUGCGGAGAAUGGAGAAGCGAAGCGAAGACGCCAGCCGAGCCUUUCGUCAUGGCAAGCAAUCUAGAGUCCUCUCUGCACAGAACAUAGCCAACAUCGUAGAGUACCAAGGUCAGCCGAGUGUUUCUUUCGAUCAUCGACCUUCACACGCUUGCCCUUUCACUUGCACCGCGACACAUGGCGACGUUGAGCAUACGGCAAUGACAACCGUCCAAGUUGCGCACGGCAGCGCGUCUGCCAUGGAGGACAUUCACGGAGUGGAUGUGUCCUGGCUGCACCACUCGACUAGAGACCAUCACCAUCGCCAGCAGGCACCUUCCUCGCCAGCUCUCUCCAAAGAUGCGCCCCCCAAAAUGUCGUCGCAUGGCGGCCUGCCCGCUCAGUCGCAAGACCAGCAAGACCAACACAACCCCGAUCCGCCGCCUUCCGUUCAACUGCCGGCCUCACCACCACGCCCGUCCCCGACCACGCCCACGACCCCGACCACGGCACCCCCGAUGAUGAGGAGUCUGCCCAAGCGACCUGCCCUCCUUGGCCGAAGCAGUACCGAAAGGAGCGCAAACGGAACGACGCCGCCAGAGUCCAGGACCAGCUCCCGGCGCAACUCUUGGAUGAGCAGCUUCAGCUCCAAAUUCUCGUCGCAAAACUCCCCUGCAGUCACAACCCAUGCGCAGGCCCAUGGUUCGCCCGCUCCCGCCCAUGGCCUGGCCAACACCGCGCCCUCUGCCAACGGCGCCCUAAAUGGAAUACAGGCGGCCUCGGGCACUGCCAAUGGAGGUCUGGAUCCCUAUGUUCCCCAGCCUCCAAAGGCCUCGUUCCUCACCACUGCGCUGCGACGCCUCUCCUCUGCAAAUCAAGUGAGCACCGCCGGCAAGGUCUACCCAAAUGGCGGCAUGUGUCCUCGCAAAGUCCUCAACGUUGAUCCCAACAGAACACGCUGCCUAGUACCAGAGUUGGACCAGAACAAGUUACGUAAAGUCGCAUUUUGCGUCGACGUUGAGAUCGCAGGAGGUCCCAAGUACAAAGAUGAGGCGGGCGCUGAGGAGCAGCAGAAGAAAAAACAAGACAAAAAAGUAAAGGAACGCAGCGAGGGCGAAGCGCUGAAGCAUCCCGAUGCUUUUGCAGAGAAGAAAGACAUGGAAGACUCGAAUGCCGCUACCCAAGAGCCAAACCUUGGCGACACGGAGCUUAAUACAGACGGUGCCUCCCCCGGGGACGAGAAAGCAGAGCCGAAUAGGAAGAAGGAAAAGAAGAAGCGGUCAGAAGCCGAACGUAAGGAGCGAAAGGAGAAGAAACGCAGGAGGGCCGAAGAAAACGGUACGGUGCCACUCGAAUUGAUCCGGAACAGUGAUACAGUCAGUGGAAAGGGCUCCCCCCCGCAAUCCUGCUUAGCAGCACGGCCCAGGGCUCAAGAUCGACCAACUAUAGAUCCUCUACGGAUCUAUCGCAGAUGCUGCCAAUUGCGCGAAUCUCCGAUUCUGAAACGUAUCAGCGACCAACUCUCGGCUCCGCGCGCUUGCUCCACAUUACAGCCUGGAGUGGUCACUUGCCUCGACUUGACGGGUUCAAGAUUACAGCUGGCAGACGUGUUAACACUAUCUGACUGGCUUGCGAUCGUCCCCGUCAAGAAGCUAUUCCUUGAAGAUGCGGACCUGAAUGACGAGAAAACACGCCUCAUCCUCGCGGGUCUCUUGGCAGCCAAGACCCCCGAACCUCCAAAUCAUCAGGACGCUACUGGAAAUGGUGGUGCACAAGGUGCAGAUACUCAGGCUGGUUCGACUGCGAUCAAGAAGCUUGUUCUCAAGAACAACCCUAAGAUUACCUCGGAAGGCUGGAAACACAUCGCGCUUUUCAUCUACAUGUGCAAGUCCAUCGUGGCGCUCGACGUAUCAAUGAUACCCUUUCCAAAGCAUCGACCUCAGAUGGCUCUCUCACCAACAACCUCUGCAAAUGGAACCUCGCACACCACAGAGUCAAGAUCGAGAGAUAUUGCCGACAUAUUUUCCAAAGCCAUCUCGGAACGCCUUGGUGGUUCAGAGUUGCAAGAGUUAGUAAUGGCUGAAUGCUCCCUGGACUCAGCAAGUAUUCGCAAAAUCAUCGAUGGCUGUAUCGUUAGCGGUGUUCAGCGAUUAGGGCUUGCAACAAACGACAUAGACAGCGAAGGCCUGCAAUACGUCACACACUACAUCUGCUCCGGCGUUUGUCAAGGGAUCGAUCUCGGCGGGAAUGAUUUGCGGUCGUGGAUAGAUACGCUUUGUCAAAGUCUCCAUCAAAGUAAGAAUAAUGUGCUUUGGGCCCUGUGUGUGCGGGACACAGGUUUGACGCCUAAGCUAUUCAAGACUUUGCUUUUGACCCUAGUCUCCUUACCCUCGAUCCGCUUUUUGGAUAUAUCGUAUAAUAAGGGCCUCUUCUCUGAUCCGACAUCACUGUGCAUACUGAGAAAGUACCUGCCAAUGUUCAAAGACUUGAAGCGGCUUCAUCUGAUGAACGUUGAUCUGAAGCCUGAGGACGCAAUUGCUAUAGCGGAGGUUUUACCGGAUUGCCCCCAGAUUGCUCAUCUCAAUAUCCUGGAAAACCCGCAAAUCUCACGAGUUGCAGCUUCGACCGACGAAGAAACGCAAGAAGAAGCAGCAGCAUUAUAUGCUUCGCUGACACUAGCCGCUAAACUGUCACGAACUCUUGUUUGCGUGGAUGUCGAUGUCCCAGCACCCGAGCAAGGCCAAGUGGUGAAAGCACUCGCAAAACAGGUUGUUGCGUAUUGUCUUCGCAACAUUGAGGCCAUCAAUGAAGUACCCGAGCUGCAAUCUGCGCCGAAAGAGGUCGAGCUUCCUCAGAUUCUUAUGCAUUUUGUUGGUCCAGACGAUGCAUACUGUGACAAUUCUAAUGCUCCAACCCCUGCUCCAGAUGAAGAUUACAUUGUAGGUGGUACCGGGAUAGCAAAAGCCCUUAGCUAUUGCCUAUCUCAUAAGUCUGCCGAUCUACAAAGAAUUUCUGUGCCGAACAGUGGGACUAGCACGCCUCAAAGCCGAAUUCAAGAAAGUGAAGAGCCAAGCAAAGCAAGAGCGAUGUCAAAGAACCUUCUCGACACUGCUCGCAACACAAGAUCCAGGAUCCAGCCGGCAUUGGCUCGAGAGGCGAAGGCUGGUGACCAUCUGUCAUAUCGCCGCCUUUUAUUUUUGGACCAGACUCUCGAAGGCAUGAUUCAGCGCUUCGAGGAUGAGUAUCCAGAAACGCGUCUUCAACCAUUCGACACAGCCUCGUCUCAAAGCUCUGUGCCCAGCACCUCGCCACCAGCCUCGUCUGUACCCACGCUUGGUAACAGUAUCCCCGAAUUGAACCAACCUGAAUCUGAAGAAGACGAACUCAUGACCCUCCGAUCACGUCACAAUUCCGACGUUUCGCUUGCAUCGCGCUACAUGUCAGAGGAAGAAGGACGUCUUCAUCGCUUUGGUCACCGCGUCCGCACCAACCUGCUCAAUCCUUCUCGUCCAACGUCUGCGCAUGACGAGUCGUCGUCAGCCCUACUCUCAGGCACGAUGGAUGAUCAAGGUUUACCUGCGCACCUGAUGAGCCUAAGGGAGUACUUUAGCAACUAUAGUGGGAAAGAGAUGCGCAAUAUGAUCGAAGGGAAAGGCUGGGAACAGGCAUUUGAUCAAAUUGUCGAGAACGCCGAGGAGCUUAAGAAUCUUGAAAGGGAGGAUCCGGCCGCUUUCAAGACGUUCAGAGAGAGUCAGAUUGCAGCGCUCAAGAAUCGUAAUCCCGACAUCUCUGCACCAGGGGAGGUGGAGCCGCACAAGAGGGGGGAUGAUUUUGCUAUCGAGGAUUGA